GAUGCCAGGCGGGGAAGCAGGCGACUGAACGGCGGGCAUGGAAGGGAGAGGACCCUACCGCAUCUACGACCCCGGCGGGGGCUCGGGGGAGGACGGACCCACCGCCUUUGAGCGCCUGGUGGAGGAGAACACCCGGCUGAAGGAGAAGAUGCAGGGGAUCAAGUCCAUCGGAGAGCUGCUGGAGGAGUCCCAGGUGGAGGCAACCAAGCUGCGGCAGAAGGCGGAGGACCUCGUGAAGGACAAUAAAAUGCUGAUAGCAUCAUCCUCCUUGGAGGACCUGUUGGAAACUGGAGGCGUCGGCCCUGACCCCAGCUCCACGCAGGCUGCCCCGGGCAGCACCCAGCCUGACACAGAAGCACGGAAAUCUCCUCCAAGUGGAUCCUCCUCGGAGUUCGAGGUGGUCGCUGUGGAGGCGCCAGGGUCUCCCCAGGAGCGCGGGGCAGCGGGCUUGGAGCAGCUGCCCAACGAGGAUGCCAACCUGCUGCCCCAGCUGCAGCAGCUGGAGAACACGCUGAGUGGCUGUGCCAAGGAGGCCAGCAAGGACCAGGUCUUCAUGCGCAUGGGCUACAUGGCCUCCGAGCUCAAGCGCCUGGCCUCCAAGGUGCACAAGAAUGAGCAGAGAACAUCGUUCCUGCAGACCCUCUGCGAGACACUGCACAGCGAGAAUAAGGAGCUGCGAACCAAGCUGGAGCGGGACCUGGAGCAGAGAAACCAGGCGCUGGAGAAGCUCAGGUGUGAGAACCAGGAGCUGCGGAGGAUGGUGACACUGAGCAGCCAGGACAGCGGGAAGAGGGAAGCUGCGGAGCAGCAGCAGCAGAGCGGGGCCACGGUGGAGAAGGUGCCGGGCAGAGGAGAGCUGGAGGCCAAGGAGAAGAAGGUGAAGAUCCUGGAGCACCAGCGCAGGGAGCUGCUGGAGGUGAAUAAGCAAUGGGAUCAGCACUUCCGAGCCAUGAAGCAGAAGUAUGAGCAGAAGGUCACGGAUCUGCACCAGGAGCUGGCUGAGGCCCGCAGGGCACUGACCGAGCUGGAGACGGAGCGGGAGCAAAAGCAGCGGGAUUUCGACCGCAAGCUGCUGCUGGCCAAGUCCCGCAUUGAAACGGAGGAGGCGAAGAAGGAGAGGCUGGCCAUGGAGGUGAGGGACCUGCAGCAGAGGAUGCGGUUCCUGCAGGAGCAGCUGGCUCCGGUCACCAGGCAGCGGGAGUACCAGGAGAAGGAGAUCCAGAGACUGAACAAGGCACUAGAGGAGGCCCUGAAUGUCCAGGCCUCUCCACCACCCAUCUUCACCAGCACCAUGGAGCCGAUGGGGAAUGUGCCACAGCAGGAGCUGCUGACCCAGAACGAGCUACUCAAGCAGCAGGUGAAAAUUUUUGAGGAGGACUUCCAGCGGGAGCGGAGUGACAGGGAGAGGAUGAAUGAAGAGAAGGAAGAGCUAAAGCAGCAGCUGGAAAAGCUACAGAAGCAGUUGGUCCUCUCCAGCAACCAGCUGCGAGCCUCCAAGGAUGACUGCCAGAGGGAGAAGGAGGAGAAGGAGAAGUUGAAGAAGAUGCUGAAACAGCACAAACAGGCUUCUGGAGAGAGGCUGCACGCUGAGCCGCUGCCAGGGCCCCUGGGCCCCGCCUGCCCCCCAGCGAUGCCGGGCGAGCACGCCCCGGGGCAGAACUUCCACCAUUUUCCCCCGCCCGAGUACCCGUGGCGACCGCCACAACAGGGAGGGCCCGGGCUCGCCUAA